ACCCCCAGGACUCCAGCUUAAGAGAGGGAGGGGAUGAUAUUCCCUGUAGAUUGUACACAGUAGGUCUGCCCACCAUCUGUUACCCAAGGAGGAGGUGUGAGAUGUUUGGGUUUUGGAGGUGAUUGUUAACAGGUGUUUACCCUGUGGUGAGCCCCACUGUAAUUAUGAACAGGAAACAAGAGUUAGCAGAAUAGACAGAUAGGCGAGCAUCCUCUUCCACUGACAAAAACUCUCUUGAACAUCAGUGUGCUGAAAAACUCCGGAAGUUCUCCUGCUUUCUAAAUUUUCUGGGCUCCUCAGCAUCUGUGUGUGUUUGUGCCUAUGUUGUGUCCUGUCUCUAUUAUGACCCAAUCCCAAAACGUGGUUCGUUCAGGUGAUUAGGAUAUGAGGAUUAACCACAGCUUCCAGAAUGGGUAGGAUAUACCCAUGGAACAGCAAAGAUUUGUGCGUUAAUCUGUUUAAUAGGCUUUAAGGGAUUAAGCCACGCUGUUUUAAGACUUCUUCUUUUUUUCUCCUAAUUGCUUGUUCUAAUCACAUGGAGGGAAAGAAAAGAGAAUGUAAAGCCAAGUUGAGCAAUGUUGUAAGGAAAGCUGGAGAGAAGGGCAGAAUUUUAAUGGGCUUGGGGGGAAAGUCUUUAGAGGGGGACAAAGUGAAUCUACUUCAAGAGGCUCCUCUGAGUUUGUCCGAGUCAGAAGAUGGAUUUACCAAUCGAGAUUCCAGGAACAGUCCUUGUGAUACAAUAGUGAAAAGUCUGUGUUUCCAGGAAUCGGUGGACUCUGUUCGCUGGAACUUUGUGGAGAAGGAAGAGGACUUUUCUGAUAAGUGUGUUAUUCGUCUGUCGGGUCGAAAGACCAGUGAUGAUUGGUCAUCAGAAGGGGUCAGGGGGUCAGACAAUGAGAUCAGAAGGUGGUCAAAUAAUGAUGUGAUAUCAUCAGAGACUGAAAAGUCUAUGAUAAGUUUACCUUGUGAUAAAUUGGAACGAUUUUCUACUAUGCCAAAACUACGCAGGAAGAAAAAGACAUUCAUCCCAGAAUGGCUAACAAUGGCCAAAACGCCAUCCAGUCGAUCAAGUUUACGUGAAAAAUUACAGGAAGAAUUUCUAAGUUGCAAGAUUUGUUUGGAAUCUUUUAUCAAACCUAAAGCUUUACCAUGCCUUCACAGCUUUUGUGAACAUUGUUUGCGGGACUACGUUCGGAGGCACCCUGGGGAAAAACCAGGACACUUUCCCUGCCCCAUGUGCAGAAAGGAUGUGAAAAUUCCGGAGAGGGGGAUCGGGGAUUUCCAGGAUAAUUUCUUGCUCCUGUCCCUGUCGGACACUUUAGAGGAGGAUGAGGAGCCGUGGCGGUUCAGCCCCUCCCCCGGGAAGCAGCAGACCAGUAACACCCUGGUGUCCCCACCCCGGACAUUCGCACCACCCACACCACAGGAGCAGCAUCUCAGAACUUUUGAGUCAUGGGAUAAAAGGCGCAGUAGGAGAAAUUGGUACUUUGGUAAGGUAUCUCGCCAAGCUUCGGAGGACUGGUUGUUGAGCCCGGGGUACCCCAAGGGGACCUACCUAGUUAGACAAGGAGAGGCUGCCCCCGACACCUACACCCUGUCUGUGAGGGACUGCGACGAGCUGAGGGGGUACAUCGUCAAACAUUACAAGAUCCACACUCAGAGAGACCCCCACAUCGCGUUUCAGAGUUACUUCAUCACGCCACGGAAACGAUUCAAAACUCUGAGUGAACUGGUUAACCACUACACAGACAAUGCUGAUGGUCUGUGUUGCAAACUUCAACAAAUUUGUAUGAAGCCCCGGUCUCUGAUCUGGGCUUUUGAUCGCGGAAAACCAGACGAGUACGCCACUACUAGAGACACAGUCUUACGAGUUAGAAAGUUAGGGAGCGGGCAGUUUGCAGAAGUGUGGCUAGCCCGGUGGCACAGUUCAAGAGACAUAGCUGUGAAGAUUCAGAAGAAAGACGCUGUUAGCUCAGCCGCCUUCCUAGACGAGGCUCAGCUCCUGAAGCAGUUACAGCACCCAAAUAUAAUCAAACUGCUGGGCGUAUCCAGCGAAACAACACCCAUCUACCUCCUCUUAGAAUACAUGAUUAACGGCCGCCUCUCCAACUACCUGAGGGAGGGCAAAGGUCAAGAACUCGGCCUCUCACAGCUCCUCUGGAUUGCAGCACAGAUUGCUGAAGGUAUGGCAUUCCUAGAAAAGGAGCAUUUUGUCCACCGGAAUUUAGGAGCUCGUAACAUUUUGGUGGGAGAACGGAAUGUAGUCAAAAUUGCUGGAUUUGGAAUGGCAAAGGUGCAAGACGACCCAGACUUUAACUUCAGAAGAGGGUUGAAGAUGGCCAUUAAAUGGAUGUCACCAGAAGUGCUACUGUGUAAUAAGUACGGUACCAAAGGGGACGUGUGGACGUUUGGCAUUGUGUUGAUAGAGAUCUUUACGUAUGGGAAAGAACCUUAUGAAGGAAUGGGAUCAAAAGAAGCCUUUGAACAUGUGCAACAGGGCUACAGGAUGCCCAAACCUGACAUUUGUCCCCAGGAAGUUUAUGAAGUUAUAUUGACCUGCUGGAAUUCAAAUCCACCCUCCCGCCCCUCCUUUGACUUCUUAAACACUUUCUUACAUGACUAUCAGAGUUCAUGACAAUGCCAUAUUGUGUUCACCACAGAACUUUUAAAGGGCAUGUAACUCGAAUUGUACCAAGGGCAAGCAACUCCACCAGUUUUCUGUCGAUGAUUAUGGUGGUUAGGAAUCCAAUUAUCUGUUAAUGAAUUAUUUUUCUUUGUUUUUUUUUACAUGAUUGCUUUUUGUUUUGUUUGACUGUAAAUUUUACCUGACACAAGAAUUCUGUAUAUAGAGAAUAUCUUUAUUAUACAAUUAUUUACUACAAAUAUCAGAUUUAUUUAAGGUAAUUCAUAUAUGUAUAUUUUGUUCGUACUGAAUUUUUGCAAUUUUUUUUGGAAAACAUUCAUGAAUCUACAAUCCUGUUAAAUCCCCAAAGGGCCAAAAACCAAAUGACACAAAACUAUACAAUUGUUUUUCCAUACAGGAAACUUUGUUUUUGAU